AUGGCAUCCGCAGAAAUCGCAGACCUGUUGACGCCGUCGCCCUCCAAGUCGACCAAGACUGGCGUGGUGACCCAAUUGAAGCGUGUGGCCAGCGCUUCCAAGGACAAUAUCUGGGUUUCUCCGUUCCGUCCAAAGGGAAGGAGCCCAAGAGCAGCACCAAAGCAGGAGAAGACCAAGGAAAACGAGCCAGUGACAGAACCAGCCACAGAGCAGAAACCUGACGCCGAGCCGGAGACACAGGAGGCAAAGCAGGAAGAAGCCGUGGAGGCAGAAGAUGCCCAGGAGCCACAGACAGAGACGACAGAAACUGACCCUGUCGAAAAAGCACAGGAGCCUGCAGAGUCUGCAGAGCCCGAAAGUGAGCCUGUUGCAGACGUUGCCUCAGAGGAGGCCCUUCAGGAGACGACCGGCGACGUGGUGGAGGACGAGGAGCCGAUAGGCGAGACUGAGCCAGCUGGGCAGUCCGAGCCGCUUGUUGCGCCCGCCGACGAGAUCGAGGCCACCUUCGACAAGCCCAAGAUGCUCAAUCGGUACAAGGAAAACAAGCUUCUAGCGUCGCAGGCACUGAACAAUACACAGGUGCAAAAUAUGGACCGAGUGCUAAAUCUCGGUGCUGGCCUAAAGCUAACCGAGGCCCAAAUCUACGAAAUUGCUAAAAAAAGAGUUGCUCCAGUUUUGAAACAGGUGGACGAGCAGGUGCAGGAAAACCUCAAACGGGACGAAUUGCGUGCCAAGGAGGAAGAGGAGAAGUUUGUCAAGAAAGAUGAGUCGAAGCUUGCCAAAGAGCUCAAGAAGUACACUGCUGCCAUCGAGAAGGAGAACGCUGCGAUUGUGGCCUCGUUUGCCAAGCCGAUGAAGAAACUCGACGAGGACAUGGCCGCCAGCAAAAAGGCGUACGAGCAGUAUAUUGCCGAUGUGAAGGCCAAGAUCGAGCAGGACGCCAUCGACUACGAGGAGGCCGGGAAAAAAGCUGCUGAGAAGCACGUGACCGACAAAGAGGAGCUGCACGAGCGUGCCGAGCAGCGCAAGCAAGAGCUGACGGAGGCCCUGGCGCACGCCAAGGAGCAGCAGGAGGUCGAGACUCAGAAGGAAAAGGAAGUGCGCGCUUUGGGCGAGGAAUACAAGCAGAAGGCGGAUGAGGCAGAGAGUCAGCUGAGAGAGAAGGAGAAAGAGCUUGAGGACAAGAUUGCGCAGUUGGAGGGGCUUGUUUCGUCAAAAUACGACAAACAGGUUGCCAUUGCUGGUGCCACGAGAAAGAAGCUCGAGGCCGAGCGCAAGGUGGCCAUUAUUGAUGCCCAGCAUGCGCAGGCCAAGGGCAAUGCCGACAAACUGCAGGAACACGUUAAUUUGAUCCAGAGCCAUGUGGACCAGCACCAGGCCAAGAAGGAGUAUUUGAGUACCGAGGGCCAGAAACAGCUGGACGAGAAGCGCAGCGCAGCAGAAAAGGCAGUUGAGGACUGGGAGCUUGAGAAGCAGCAGAUGAGAACUGAGGAGGCCAGAAGGCAGGAGCGGUUGCGCAUUGAGGCUGAGGCCGAGCGCAAGCGGCUGGCCGAGGAAGAGGAGCAAAGAAAGGCCGAGGAGGAGGAGAGAAAGAGAAAGGAGGAGGAGCUUGCUGCUCAGCGGAAGGAGCAGGAGGAGAGAGAGGCAAAGGAGAAGGAAGAGAAGGAGAGAAAAGAGCAGGAGGAGAAGGAGAAGAAGGAGAAGGAGAAGAAGCACAGUGCCAUUGGUGCUGUUGGUGUUGGUGCCGCUGCAGGCGUUGCUGGUGCGGGUGUUGCUGGUGCAGAUGUUCUGGCCAAUGCCGGCAGCAACAGCGUUUCCGGCAUCACGAGUCCUCAGCUAGGAGACAACACGGCUCAGAAGAAAGCUGAUCCUCAGCCUGAGUCCCAGUCAGAAAUCGCUGCCUCGACUGAGCCAAAGCCAGAAAGUGCUGCGUCCAUUGGACCUGUGGCCGAUACUGGCAAGCCGGAUGAGAACGUUUCCAAAGCUGUUGCCUCUGAUAAUCUGAACGACUCUGUGCCAGAAUCUCCUAAGGAUGUUUCCAGAGAUGCCUCAAAGGACAUUUCCGAUAACGUCAAGAACGCUUCUGUGGAUGCCGCUGUUGCCGAACCUGCUGCCGACGCUGGCUCGCCAACGUCCACUAAAUCCAGCAAGCCUAGCAAGUCGAAAGCACCCACUGAGGUGAUCACCACGGUGACCGCCACGGGAGCCGCUGCCGACAUUGCUGCUGCCGCGAUUGACGCUGCCGGCAUCGACGCUGUCACAGAGCAGCUCGAGAAAGGCGCCGACGUGGCCGACAUUGCCAAGCUCGCAGAAACCAAGAGAUCCGCCGAUCCUAUCCAGGAGGAGCCAGAGGCCAAGAACGGCACCACGAUUGCGUCAGCCUCGACCCCGGGCGCUUUUGUGGCCCCAAUUACUACCUCCCUCCCUGCUGUCUCUGCUACAGGCUCUCCAACCACCCCCAAAAAGGUGGACUCGUUGGAGCGGACGAAAACCCCAGAUUCCAAGACCAAGCCGAAAUCCAGAGCCAAUUCUCUGACCAAGAAGCUGUUCCCGCUGUCGAGAAGCAGUAGCAAGAAGCAGGAGGCGCAGAAACAGGAGCCAAAACAGGAAUCUGCAUCCAGCGAGACUCCUGAGCCAGCAAAGACCGUUCCGCCAGUCACGUACAAGUCGCUGGACCCUGCUGUCUCCAAGGAGUCCCCUCCAGUGACCGCUCAUGGCGAAGGUGACAUCGACUCGAUCGAUGCCCGGUCGCAAGCCAAGCCGGUGUUCACAGAGGUUGUUGACAACGACGACUACCAGGAGGUGAUCACGUACGAGACAAUCGACUCGGCCGAGUACGAGAAAAACAAGCACGAUCCAAACUACAUGAAGGUGCCUGCGGACGAGUAA